AUGACUGAACCUAUCGACAGCCAUCAAAUCAAGGCUAAUAUGAAAAAAGCCUAUGAUGAAAUCUCUCCCUUCUACUUGAAAUGGACAGAGUCUUCUCACGCAACGCGCCUGUCUUAUGUUGAUAUUAUGCUUAAGUCCAUCAAUACUCAAACCGGCACCCAUCAAAAAUCUAUACUUGAGCUAGGCUGUGGGGCCGGAGUUCCAGUCACCCAGCUCCUAGCUUCCCAGGAACAUACCAGUGUUACUGCAAAUGACAUCUCCGAAACUCAAAUUGCCUUAGCAAAGGAGCGCCUCCCUGCAUCCGUGGACCUUAUACAAGGCGACAUGAUGAACUUGGGAUUUGGUCACCAACAAUUCGAUGCAGUCUUGGGAAUGUAUUCAAUUUCUCAUAUACCACGUGAUGAGCAGACUGUUCUCCUUACUCGCAUCUUUGACUGGCUCAAGCCUGGAGGACAGCUUCUGGCGAAUUUCCCAGAAACAAAUUUUGAAGGCUCAACUAAUGAAUCCUGGCUCGGCGCUACAAAUGGGGCCGUGUAUUGGAGUAGCUGGGGAAGAGAAAAAUUAGUCCAGGUUUUGAGGGAUAUUGGCUUCGACAUUAAGAUUGAUGAGGUCGUUGUGGAUUCGGAAGAAACCGAUGGAGUUUCGCGGGAUGUUCCCUUUCACUGGAUCUUAGCCAAGAAGUGA